GACGACUCUGUCUAAAUCACGGCAGCUCCUAUGAGUUUCGCAAAUUUCUGAAUACCUUAAUCCACCGAACCGGGCCAUUGAAAUGCAUUCGCAAAUGCAUUUUCAUAUUAUUGUACUAUGCCUGUGCGUCAUGUUUUUCCUUAACUCAAAUGCCAUACCAUGUGAUUCCUGUGGCAAGGAGUGCGCUAGUGCUUGCGGUACCAAGCACUUUCGCACCUGUUGCUUCAACUAUCUUCGGAAGCGUACCGAUCCUGAUGCUGCGCUUCAAUUAAGCUCCAAUCGGCGACUUAUUGACUUCAUAUUGUUGCAGGGCCGUGCGCUCUUUACGCAAAACGAGUUAAGAAGCGCCGAGGAGAGGCAUCGCAAUGGCACCAUCAUAGACGUCGGCUUAGAAACGUACUACGGUUAAAAGAACUCACCAAACACAUACCCCGUACACACACAUACAUGAGAUCCACGACAUGCAAUUGAUCCUCCCAAAUAACGAAAAUGUUUGAAAUGUUAAUUUGUUGUUGUUUUUAUAAAUCAAAAAUAAAUGCAAGAAUUUCCUUGGGGCAACAUGCUUGAUAAAGCAGAACAUA